CGCCCUAAGGGCGGCGGCGCCAGCGACCGCGGUAAUUGCAGCUGCUCAGGGGCAGGGCUUGCCCCAGCGCCAGUAGUGGCAACGGCGUGUUGCGUCGGGGGUGUCUGGGAGCCGGGAGCCUGAAAUCGGCAGCUCUCCAGGCAGACACACUCUCACCAGGAAGAGGUGCUAUCUAAUCAGCUGGGGCAGUGGGAUCACCCCGAGGGGCUUCCCCAAGUUGAGGAGAGGUGGGGUUACAGGUCACAGGUGAUAAGGCCGGAGAAAGAUGGAGCAGCCCGGGGCGGCGGCGUCGGGAGCGGGAGGCGGCAGCGAGGAACCCGGUGGGGGCCGGAGCAACAAGCGGAGCGCGGGGAACCGGGCCGCCAACGAAGAGGAAACGAAAAACAAACCCAAAUUGAACAUUCAAAUAAAAACUUUGGCAGAUGAUGUGCGUGACCGAAUUACAAGUUUUAGAAAAUCUACUGUCAAAAAAGAAAAACCUCUUAUUCAACAUCCUAUUGAUUCUCAAGUUGCAGUGAGUGAGUUUCCAGCAGCUCAGCCAUUAUAUGAUGAACGAUCUUUGAAUUUGUCAGAAAAGGAAGUACUGGAUCUCUUUGAAAAAAUGAUGGAGGACAUGAACCUUAAUGAAGAACGAAAAGCUCCUUUACGAAACAAAGAUUUUACCACCAAGCGUGAGAUGGUUGUCCAGUAUAUUUCUGCUACUGCCAAAUCUAUAGUUGGAAGUAAAGUUAUGGGAGGGCUGAAAAACAGCAAACAUGAAUGCACCUUAUCUUCACAAGAAUAUGUUCAUGAAUUACGAUCUGGUAUUUCAGAUGAGAAACUUCUUAACUGCCUUGAAUCUCUGAGGGUUUCUUUAACCAGCAAUCCUGUCAGCUGGGUUAACAACUUUGGCCAUGAAGGUCUUGGACUCUUACUGGAUGUGCUGGAAAAGCUUCUGGACAAGAAACAGCAAGAAAAUAUAGACAAGAAGAAUCAGUAUAAACUUAUUCAGUGCCUCAAAGCAUUUAUGAAUAAUAAGUUUGGAUUGCAAAGGAUUCUAGGAGAUGAAAGGAGUCUUUUGCUAUUGGCAAGAGCAAUUGAUCCCAAACAACCCAACAUGAUGACUGAAAUAGUAAAAAUACUUUCUGCUAUUUGCAUUGUUGGAGAAGAGAACAUUCUAGAUAAACUUUUAGGGGCUAUAACUACUGCAGCAGAAAGAAAUAAUAGGGAACGAUUUUCACCAAUUGUGGAAGGAUUAGAAAAUCAUGAAGCUUUGCAAUUACAGGUGGCCUGCAUGCAGUUUAUAAAUGCUCUUGUCACUUCACCUUAUGAGCUUGAUUUUAGAAUACAUUUAAGGAAUGAAUUCCUCCGUUCCGGACUAAAAACAAUCUUACCAGAUCUAAAAGAAAAAGAGAAUGAUGAGCUUGAUAUUCAGUUGAAAGUAUUUGAUGAGAACAAAGAAGAUGACCUAAAUGAAUUAUCACACCGUCUCAAUGACAUUCGAGCAGAAAUGGAUGAUAUGAAUGAAGUGUAUCAUCUUCUAUAUAAUAUGUUGAAGGACACUGCUGCUGAAAAUUACUUAUUAUCCAUUCUACAACAUUUUUUGCUCAUCAGAAAUGAUUAUUACGUCAGGCCACAGUAUUACAAAAUAAUUGAGGAGUGCGUUUCACAGAUAGUGCUGCACUGCAGUGGUAUGGACCCAGAUUUCAAGUAUAGGCAAAGAUUAGACAUUGAUUUCACGCAUCUGAUAGAUUCUUGUGUGAACAAGGCAAAAGUUGAAGAAAGUGAACAAAAAGCAGUGGAAUUUUCAAAGAAGUUUGAUGAAGAAUUCACAGCUCGACAGGAAGCUCAAGCUGAACUUCAAAAACGAGAAGAAAAAAUUAAAGAGCUUGAAACAGAAAUCCAGCAACUUCGAACCCAGGGACAUGGACUCUCAGGUUCAUCAGGAAUUCCAGGUCCUCCUCCACCACCUCCACUGCCAGGUGGUGGGUCAUCCCCACCACUACCACCUCCACCAGCACCACCUCUACCUGGAGGAACUCUCCCUCCUCCUCCACCUCCUUUACCUGGAAUAAUGGGUAUACCACCACCACCACCACCACCACCACCACCUUUGUUUGGGGGACCUCCUCCACCACUUCCCCUUGGAGGAGGAAUUCCUCCUUUCCCAGAAGCAGCACUUGAUUUGCCUUAUGGGAUGAAGCAGAAAAAAAUAUAUAAACCUGAGGUGCCCAUGAAGAGAAUCAAUUGGUCAAAGAUUGAACCCAAAGAAUUAUCUGAGAACUGUGUCUGGUUAAAAGUUAAGGAGGACAAGUUUGAAAAUCCUGAUCUCUUUGCAAAAUUGACACUGAAUUUUGCUACCCAGAUAAAAGUUCAAAAGAAUGUAGAAGCUUCAGAAGAAAAGAAGAUCCUCCCUGCAAAGAAGAAAGUGAAAGAAUUGAGAAUUUUGGAUCCCAAAACGGCCCAGAAUCUGUCUAUCUUCCUAGGAUCAUAUCGUAUGCCAUAUGAAGAUAUAAAAAAUAUUAUUCUGGAGGUUAAUGAAGACAUGCUGAAUGAAGCCUUAAUUCAGAACCUUGUAAAACAUCUUCCUGAGCAGAAAGUACUCGGUGAAUUAGCACAACUGAGGAAUGAAUAUGAUGACCUCUGUGAGCCUGAGCAAUUUGGAGUUGUGAUGAGCUCAGUGAAAAUGUUACAGCCUCGUCUCGAAAACAUUCUUUUCAAGCUGACGUUUGAAGAACAUGUAAACAACAUCAAACCAAGCAUCAUAGCGGUAACGCUUGCCUGUGAAGAACUGAAGAAAAGUGAAAGCUUUAACAGACUUUUAGAGUUAGUUCUUUUGGUUGGAAACUACAUGAACUCAGGCUCAAGAAAUGCCCAGUCUUUGGGUUUUAAAAUCAACUUCCUUUGUAAGAUCAGAGAUACUAAGUCAGCAGAUCAAAAAACAACCCUCUUGCAUUUUAUUGCUGAAAUUUGUGAGGAAAAAUACCGGGAUAUCCUGAAAUUUCCUGAAGAGCUGGAACAUGUAGAAAGUGCAAGCAAAGUUUCAGCUCAAAUUCUCAAGAGCAACCUUACAGCAAUGGAACAACAAAUUAUUAAUCUGGAACGUGACAUCAAGAAAUUCCCCGAAACAGAAAAUCAACAUGAUAAGUUUGUGGAGAAGAUGACAAGCUUUACAAAGAGUGCCAGAGACCAGUAUGAAAAACUGUUCACCAUGCACAACAACAUGCUGAAGCUCUAUGAGAAUCUUGGAGAAUACUUUAUUUUUAACUCUAAGACAGUGAGCAUAGAAGAGUUCUUUGGUGAUCUCAGCAACUUCCGAACUUUGUUUCUGGAAGCAGUGAAAGAAAACAACAAGAGAAAAGAAAUGGAAGAGAAGACUAAGAGGGCAAAGCUUGCAAAAGAGAAAGCUGAACAAGAAAAGUUAGAACGCCAGAAGAAAAAGAAACAACUCAUUGAUAUAAACAAAGAGGGUGAUGAGACUGGUGUGAUGGAUAAUCUUCUAGAAGCCCUACAAUCAGGUGCAGCAUUCCGAGACCGCAGAAAGCGGAUUCCAAGGAAUCCAGAUAACAGACGAGUACCUUUGGAAAGGUCACGCUCUCGCCACAAUGGAGCUGUCUCAUCUAAGUGAAUCCUGAUGCCAAAGAAUAUGAAAAUAUUUAAGUAAAAAAAAUCAUAUAUUUUGAAAAGAACAAAAUAUCCACUCAAGGGAUAGAGAGGAAAUAAAUGCAUUUCUGCAAGGAUCAAGCUAAGCUGGGUGAAAUAGCAUGUAUUUUUACAGCUAUUGCAAGAUGCUUUCACAAUUAUACUAAUACAAACACAAUUACAAGGAUUAUAAAACAUGUGUUCCAUUUUAGUGUAAAGAUGUGUAUUGUUAUUGUGUGUGACCUGAUGGUAAUGAUGAAAAGUAUAAGAAAUUCAAAAACAUUCAGUCUGUCAAAAAAUUACAAUGUUAAUCAAAUUGCAGGUCACGCCCCCAAAAAAAAGGAAAAGAAAGGAAAUAGAAUUAUUCAAUGUCUGCUUCUGAUUCCUGUUACAUAGAAAAAAGGAAAGGCCAAUGAAAAUGUGUGUAUUAAUGAUUUGGAGAGGUACUCUGCAAGAGAAGCCAUUUUGGAAGCUAAAAAAAAAAAGUACUGCUUCAGCCCCAUGAAUUUAUUUAGAAUCUUAUCUCAAGUGAAAGCUGAUGGAUUCAUCUGCUUUGGCUGAAAUUAAACUUAUCAUUAAUCUAGAGUUUCAGCAUGAUGUUGCAGGCACUUAUCAUUGCUAAAAAUAAACUAGAGUUUAACAGAAGCAGUUAGAGAAAGUGAUUUAAAUUUUAUUUAAAGAGGUAUUUUCUAAUAAUGCACAUAUAUCUACUUUAUACAAAUACUUCAUAUGACUAUUUUUUGAGAAAAACCUCACCUUUUAAUGUUUAUUCUGGGAUGAACCUGAAAAUUCUAUUACCUUUAUUAAGAUUUUUUAAAGGUAAAUAUUGAUUCCUAUUCUCUGUGGUUUAUUUCUUCUAUUGCUUCUUUCUCCCAUGACCCCCAUGAAAGCAGGGAAUAGAGUUUCUAAAAGACCUGAGAGGAAAAAGAUUUCUCUCUGCAGGCAGCAGAAAACUGUCUGAAAGGUCAACUGUUUUAUCUGCCUUUCUACUCCCCUUUCUAAUUCUGCCUUGGUGGUCUGAAGAAGAAAAAAAAUUAUAUGUAUGUAUGUGUAUAUAUGUGUAUAUGUUUAUAUCUCCUACAAUAAUUCCACAUCCCAGUGACUAAGUGAACUUCUCAGUCAUCAUCAUACUUACUUACCUUAUAUUAACAAAUUAAAAUGAUGCUGCCAAAACAACCCUAGGAGAAAAAACAUGCUCUACAUUUUUCUUAAAUAGAUGAAGGCAUAAAAGUUAUAUUUAACUUGUCUAUUACUUUAAAAUAUGCAUUGAAAUAAUGUGGUAUAACUUCUCUGGAGUGUAAUUUUAAAACUAAUCCGUGCAGAUGAUUGUCAUUACUGUAAAAAAUUUCUUAUAUGUAUAUUUCUUAUAUAGAAGAUCCUAUUUCUACUUCUCCAAAGCACACUAUAGACAUUCAGAAAGAACAGACAACUGGCUUGGCAGGUCACCAUUUGAAAUAAUGUAAACAAGUGACCAAUAAUUCAGUCUCCUUUCUAUAGAUGUAUAAUGAUUCAAACUGCUACCUUUUCCUCCAGUGCAUUCUUACUUGGGUAUGAUAUUUAAAAAAAAUCUCUGAAGCUGCUACAAUAGAGAAAUCAAAAAGACUAACAGUAUCUGAGAUUUUACAGUUUUAUCCUAUCUUAAGACACACACAUAUGCAUACACAAACAAGUUUGAGGGUCAUAUCAAUUUCAUACACUUUUUCCUAACAACAACAAAGAUAUACAAAUUUAUGUAAAUAAUUAAUGUGUGUAUUUUUGACUUCACAAAAUCUUUUCUGAAAUCUUCAUGGCAUGGUCUGAGUCUUUUGGUAGCCUUUCAGGCUGUAGGAAAAUGAUAUUUUGAAAUAUUAACCCUGACUAAAAUUUAGGGGCAUUUGCCAUGCCAUAUUAUCAAGAUGGUCUGAAAAAAAAAAAAAAGAUGGUCAGGAUAGAAAUACUGAUGAUACUACUCACCUCUUUGAAACGUGAACUUGCCUUAUUUUUAAGUUUGUGAAAAAGAAUGAAUGAAAUACUAUUAUUGAUAAAUUAUAUAUUUGUAUUUAGAGAAAUCCCACAUGGUUUUCACAAACAGUAUGGAAACUUUCAGGGUCUUUCAUGAAGUUCCAGUAAUUGAGUUAAAGGAUUUGCUUCCCAGAUUUAUAAUGGUCCUGCUUUAGCCAUUUGCAGUUUUGUUUGAGAUUGAAAAUUAUCACCAGAAAAAGUACAUAGUAACAUUUUUAGUAUAAAACCAAAUUACACUAAAGUCUUUUGUUAGCUUUAUUACUGCCACAGUGAGAAGCACCAUUUUAUGCAAAUUUUCUUCAAAAUGAUUUUUAAAAAUACAAAAUCCUUAGAAUGUUUAGAAGUUGCAUUAGUUUCCUUUGGCUGCUGUAACAAAGUACCACAAUCUUGGCUUCACACAUCAGAAAUAUAUUCUUUCAUGGUCCCUGCGGCAAAAUGUCCAAAAUGAAGGGCUUUGCUCCCUCCAAAGUCUCUAGAGGAAAAUCUUCCCUUGCCUCUUCCAGCAUGUAGUGGCUAUUGGCCUUCCUUGGGUUAUGGCUACAUCUGUCUCUGCUCCAUCUUCACAUCACUCUCUCCUCUGUGUGUCUAAUCUUCCUAUGCCUCUCUUAUAAGAUCCUUUUUCCUAAUAAGGUUCCAUUCACAGGUUCUGUGCCCAUAUAAGACACCCAGAAGAAGUAUUUCAGUAGCAAUAGAACUGUGGAUUCAUGCUCUCGUUUUGCUUCAGAUUAACCACCUGUCUCUUCACAGGACCAAGAAUGACUUGCAAUCUAUAUGUAAUGCAUACUCACUUAUUAAAUAAAGUUAGGAUGUGGACAUACCUUUUUGGAGGCACCCCCCAGCCCACUACAGUCUGCCCUCUGCCCCCCAAAAUUUAUAUAUGUCCCAUGUGCAAAAUAUAUUUACCCCAUCUCAACAUUCCCAAAAGUCUCAACCCAUUACAGCAUCAACUCUAAAUCUAAAAUCUCAUCCAAACAUCAUCAGUUCAGUAGUCCCAAAUCCCAUCAUCUAGAUCAUCUAAAUCAGUUAUAGAUGAAAAUCCUGGGGCAAAAUUCCUCUCCAAAUGUGAAUAAAUGAAGCAAAACAAGUUAUCUGCUUCCAAAACACAAUGGUGGAACAGGCAUAGGGCAAGAGUUAUAGACAUUGCUAUUUCAAACCAGGGAAAAUGGAAAGUAGAAAGAAGUCACCUGGCCUGAUGACUCAAAAUUCAGCCAGGCAAAAUCCCCCUAGGUUUCUUGGCCUCACAAUCCGCCUUGUUUCAGGACCCCACCCUUUAGGCCUGCAGUUCUGGCCUCUUGGCCCAUGGAUCAAGUCUCUGCCUCUGUACCUGCAGUUCUGCUCUAAGAAUGACCCUUUAUAUUGAAGGGUAGCACAUGUUUGCAGCUUUAUCAUCCUGUUUCUUGCCUGUAAAACUUUGGUAGUCUGACAACUUUCUCUCAUUUUGUCCUGUCUCGAUCCUUUUCAGGCCAAGCUAGAACUCUUUCUCAAAAACUUUGUGGCCUCCCGUGCAUGUCAAAUUGAUUCAAUAUUGAGAUAAGAGUCCUCACAGAUCUUUGCUGGAUAAUGCCAUCUCUAUUCUUGGCUUCUGUUGAGAUGAUCGAGUGGAUCCGUGAGUCAAUGCCUAAUCUCUUCAACACUAGCCAGAGGUUGGCUCUAUCUCCAGAGCACACUAUCCUAAUAGUGCAUCAGCUAAUUUUAGCGUCUUUUGGAAUCUGAACAGGCUCAAAAUUUCCUGAAUUUCCAAGUGCUGGUUCCUUUCUGCAUAACAAUUAUUUCCUCAAUUUACCUCUUUCUUCUUGUAUUUUACUGUAAGCUCAAGAAGAAAAUGGGUCCUACCUCCAACACUUUGCUUGGAAAUCUCAGCUAUUAAAUAUCCAAGUUCAUCAAUUACAAAUUCUACUUUCCAUAUAACCGUUGGAAACAAUUCAGAUAAGCUCUUUGCCACUAUAUAACAAGGAUCGCCUUCUUUCUAGUUUCCAAUAAAAUGUUCCUCAGUUCCUUCUGAGCUCACCAGAAGCACCUUUAACAUUCGUAUUUCUAAUAGCAGUGUAUGUUUUUUCUAUCAAAUGCCUCACAGUUCUUCCAACCGGUACCCAUUAUCCACGCCAAAGCCACUUCCACAUUUUUAGUUAUUCAUUAUAGGAGUACCUUACUUCCUGUUUCCAAAAUCUGUAUUAGGCUCCUGUGGCUGCUGUAACAAUACACAAAACAUGGUAGCUUAACACAAGAGAAAUUUAAAUUGAGUCCUAAAUUGAGGUCUUGGCAGGUCUGUACUCCCUCUGGAAGCUCUAGAAGAAAAUCUGGUCCUAGUCUCUUCAGUUUCUUGUGACGGUCAUUCCUUCCUUGGCUUGUGGCCAAAUCUCUCUCUGUUCUGUUUUCACAUUACUUUUCCUUCUGUGUAUCUAAUCUACCUCUGCCUCUCUCUUAUAAGAACACUUGUGGCAUUUAGGACCCACCUGGUUUAUCCAUAAAAAUCUCCUCAUCUCAAUAUUCUUAACUGAAUUAAAUCUGUGAAGACCCUUUUUCCAAAUAACGUAACAUCACAGGUUCCAGGAAUUAGAACAUGGGCGUGUUUGGGGGAAGCCAUUAUUUAGCUCACUACACUAGUCAUUGCACAUAAAUGUACUUUUCCCUCUUUAAAAUGUGUUCUUGGUGCUUAAGCCAAACUCAAGGUUUCCUCUAAAAAGCUAUUGUUUGUACAGGCUAUGCAUGCUUUGAUGUUAAAUAGCUGAGCAGGCUAUUCCAAAAUUUGGUUGAUACUUUUGCUACUAUGGCCAGUGCUUAGCUUGAAAAAAUAAUUGGUUCCAACUCUGAGCUCUGGUGUUUACCUUCUGCCCCUUUUAUGGAGUCUUUGACCAAAUGUCUUCUAUGAUUUAUAAUGCAGGCAUAAAACUACCUCUGAUACAGAAGGGUUCUUUACAAGCUAACUUUAGAUAUUGUCAAUCCCUCAGCUGAAGGGAGAGGUGACAGCAAAGCCUGCUUUGAAUGGGUAUUGAGGGAGACUGUGCCCAUAUAAGACACCCAGAAGAAGUAUUUCAGUAGCAAUAGAACUGUGGAUUCAUGCUCUCGUUUUGCUUCAGAUUAACCACCUGUCUCUUCACAGGACCAAGAAUGACUUGCAAUCUAUAUGUAAUGCAUACUCACUUAUUAAAUAAAGUUAAGAUAAUACAUUAAAUGUUGUCUGCCUAUGAUAAUAUUAAGGAUGAGUGAAAAGGCAUAAACUGAAGUAUAAAGACAGGAUGUAAGAAUAUUUUAGAAGGAGAAGUUUCAACUGAACAGAAAUACAAGUGUUCCUUUUUUUUUUAAAGAUUUUAUUUAUUUGAGAGAGAACAUGAGCAGGGGGUAGGGGCAGAGGGUGAGGGGGAAGCAGACUCCCCACUGAGCAGGGAGGCAGAUGUGGGACCCAAUCCCAGGACCCCGAGACCACAACCCAAGCUGCAGGCAUACGCUUAACCGACUGAGCCACCCAGGUGCCCCUACAAGAGUGUUUCUUUAAGGACCUGGUCAGGAGGAAAUCAUGGAAUAUAUUCAGACACACAUACCUGUGGGAAUCAUAAGAUUUUCUUUAGGUAUUCUUUAGCACUUCCUGCCAGUGUAGUGUAGAAAUGUUUGCACAACUUAAGAGUCCAGAAAAGUCAGAAGGGUGAUUUAUAUCUUCCAGGGAAACUCUUUAUACAGAAAAGAGUUGUUUUUUGGUUUCGGAUUUUUUUUUUUUUUUGGCUUGAUUAUAGAAUGAAAGCAAAUGGACUUCAACUGCUCAGAGGGGUAAAAAUCUGGAAUGAGUAAUAAAGCAUUGUAUAUAAUUAUUCUCUGGAGGGCUUUCAAAAGAAUCUCUCGUCAUGGGUGGGUUGACUUGAAGAUGGAGGGUUAGACAAGGUAAUAACCAGAUCUAUAAAUUAUAUGAUCCAAAGUACCUGACAAGACAGUUGUUUCCCAUGGAAUUUUGGGUUGCUCUAGGAAUCAAAUACAUUAGCUUUUUUCUUUUCUCCCCCAGAGGCAAAUUCCUUAGUAGGGAGUCUGAAAACCUUAGUAUCCCCAA